AUGUGUGUUCGCAGGGUGGAGUCAUGGGCCAUCACAAGUCAAAAGACAAUAAUCGUCACAAAUCAAAGGAGGAUGGAGUUGAGACCCGAGAUUGUACAAAUUGCUUAUGAUGUAUCAAAUACACAAUUGCAUAAGCGAAGAGUAUCAGAGAUCACUUGGGAAUUCAACGCCAUGUACGAUCGCGUACAAUGGAAUUAUCAAGAAGAUCGAGUACAUAAGGCGAAUUGA